AUGCCGAUCAACCGCACACCGCCGCCCGCCUUGCCCGUGCCUAUGAGCUCUGAUGAUACAUCACAAUCGCAGACAUCGCAAACGUGUGCAAUCGACGCGAUAGAACGGACGACAGAACUUCACAGGGAAUCGGUGCCUGAUAUUCCAUCGCUUACGUUAAAUGUUACUGAGCGUAAAACAAGGAAACAUGACGGAGUGAAUCCUAACAUUAUGUCUUAUAUGGGUGAAAUGUUUUCAGUUUAUACGAAUGAACAAGCAAAGCUUUUCAAAGAUUUACAAACUUUGGUUUCUAGUAUAAAAGAACAGAACGAUGAAUUAAAAAAGAGUGUCGAUACUAUGUCAAGCAAGUAUGAUGAGUUUCUAUCACAGAUAUCUGUUCUAGAGGCAGGGAAAAAGCAGGAUAGAUAUAUUAUACAACAACUACAGGAUAAAAUAGAAAAUAUGGAAAGAAAGUCAAGAUUUUCAGGAACAGAAAUAAGAAACAUACCUAAAAACAACGAAGAAUCAAAGGAAAAUGUAUGUAGCAGUGUUAAAAAAUUAGGGGAGUGUUUGAAUGUAAAUUUGCAGGAUCCGAUAAUAAUUGAAUUUAAUUCAGAUAUUAUUAAAGAAAAGAUGUUACAUGAAGUAAAAUAA